CAUGACAGUGAGGCUGCAGAUUAGAUAGGGUCGUUUUUAUGUAGAGCUGUGUGUCAUCAGCGUAGCAAUGGAAUGAUAUUCUCUGCUGGCUGAUGAUGCGGCCAAGGGGAAGAGUGUAGAGGGUGAACACAGUGGGGCCGAGAACCGACCCUUGGGGGACUCCACAAGUGACAGUGAGUGUUUGCGAUUUUGCUCCUCCCAAGGAGACGUAUUCUGUUCUUCCAGACAGGUAGGACCUGAACCAGCUCAGGGUGGAGUCAGAGAGUCCGAUGGUGUGUUGGAGGCGCUGAAGGAAGAUGUUAUGGUCAACCGUGUCGAAAGCUGCCGACAGAUCCAGAAGGAUGAGGAGCGAUGGUGAUCCAGUGUCAGCCGCCAUCAGCGCCGUGGGCGGAACGGAAGCCGGACUGGAACUUCUCAAAUAGGGAGUGAGAAUUUAGUUGGUCCUGAAGAUGUGCCACGACUACUCUUUCCAGCACUUUGGACAGAAAUGGGAGGUUGGAAAUGGGCCUGUAGUUGGCGAGGAUUUCUGGGUCUAAGCAAGUGGAGGUGGACGGGCAGCAGUCUAUGCUCGAGUUCCUGGACACAGCCGGAACCGAGCAGUUCACGGCCAUGAGGGACCUGUACAUGAAGAACGGUCAGGGCUUCGCUCUGGUUUUUUCCAUCACGGCUCAGUCCACGUUCAACGACCUUCAGGACCUGAGGGAGCAGAUCCUGAGGGUUAAGGACACCGAGGACGUUCCCAUGAUCCUCGUGGGGAACAAGUGCGACCUGGAUGAGGAGCGAGUGGUCGGGAAGGAGCAGGGUCAGAAUCUGACCUGUCACUGGAACAACUGUGCCUUUUUAGAGACGUCAGCCAAAUCAAAGAUCAACGUUAACGAGAUUUUCUAUGACCUGGUGCGACAGAUCAACAGAAAAACGCCGAUGGAAAAGAAGAAGACAAAAAAGAAGUCUGGUUGCACGCUGCUGUAAACUGGAGGUGUGUGUGUGUGUAUGUGUUUGUGUGUGUUGACAUGAGGAUAAACUGAGGAAACGUUAUUGCUGCUGACUCAGUAAUAAAAACCUGAAUUGACAUUGAAUGACCUUGAGACAUUGAGCGACGGUCACCUUUGACAGAGAGUGACCUUUGACAUUGAGUGACCUUCAGGCUGUGACCUCUGCUCUAAACUGUUGCAGCUCGUGUUCUGCACAAUUUCUCUUAAAAUGUUUUUGGUUUUUUUCCAGAAACCUGACCGAUCUGUUUUCCAGAACAUUUGAAAACGUUGAAUAGUGAAACUCUGAUCAGAUCAUGAUCUCGUCAGAAGACGAUUCUCUUCUCUCAGAAUCUGUGACCUGUUGGAAACAUCGUGUAGAAGAAAAGACGUGGGGUUUAAAUCAAUAACCAGAACUAAAAUGUUUUAUUCAAAGUAACAGUCUUUGGCAUAUAGUGACUGUACGUCGGGUCCUGGUUGUUGUAACUCAGUGAAUCGCUCCUGACACGACCGAUGACGGAACUUCUUCCCAAGUGACUUUGUUUUAUACGGACAGCUGUGACUUCCAUUUUCCCCAUAAUACAUUCUACUUCCAUUUUUGCAUAAUAAAGCUAAGGAAAUUAGUAUUUUAUAGACCGAUGGGGAAAUGAUUUGUUCUGAAAGUUUAUUGUACUAAACCAAAUCUAAUAUUUUUUCUUGUGUCACCGUCACAGAUGAUUUUCCAGCUUUUAUGAAUAAUUAAAUUUUCUGACACCAAA